CUGUGUUGGACUCCGGAGCGUCACCUCGACCCGACGCACUAUUGUACCAGAGCGCAGCUGUUACCGUUUCACCAUUACUUCAUGCUUAUUGGCCCAAAGCAAAAAAAAAAAAAAAAAGGCAAAGGCAAACAACUCGAGGGAGAGAGAAAGAGGGAGAGAGAGAGAGAGAGAGAGAGAGAGAGAGAGAGAGAGAGAGAGAGAGAGAGCUGGACCCCUGCGCUCAUCGAUUCGCAGAGGCGCACAGAGGAGCCUGGACGGGACGCCGCUGCCCCGCUAUUUUUAAUCUCUUUUGUGUUUUUUAGGUUGGAAUGCAAACAGCGGAUUCACUAUCUGGACAAUGCAACUGGGAAUUUUGGUAGUGGUGCUGCUGUGCCUGCUGGCGAGCGACGGCGGCAGGGCGUACGUGUUCCAAGCCACCCGGCCUGGAGAGGGAGGAGACCCCCCGCCUCAGGGCAAAACAGCCAUCUCCGACUCCCUGUGGGUGAGCUCGGCGGGAACCUGCAAGGGCCGCUGCUUCGAGCUGGAGGAGGCCAAGCCGCCGGGCUGCAGAUGUGACAAUCUGUGUAAAACCUACUACAGCUGCUGCUUCGACUUCGAUGACCACUGCCUGAAAACAGCGGGGGGGUUCGAGUGCACCGCGGAGCGCUGCGGCGAGGAGAGGAACGACGACCACGCCUGCCACUGCUCAGAAGACUGCCUGCAGAAGGGAGACUGCUGCACCAACUACAAGUCGGUCUGCAAAGCAGGUGAAACUGCGUGGGUCCAGGAUGACUGUGAGGAGAUCAAGAGCGCCGAAUGUCCCGCAGGCUUCAUCCGCCCGCCGCUCAUCAUGCUGUCGGUGGACGGCUUCAGAGCCUCCUACCUGAAGAAGGGCAAAGCUGUCAUCCCCAACAUAGACAAGCUCCGAACGUGUGGGACAUCGGCUCCCUACAUGCGGCCGGUCUACCCGACCAAGACCUUCCCCAAUUUAUACACACUCGCCACUGGUCUUUACCCAGAAUCCCACGGGAUAGUGGGAAACAACAUGCAUGACCCGGUGUUCGAUGCCAACUUCAACCUGCGCGGCAGAGAGAAGCUGAAUCACCGCUGGUGGGGCGGACAGCCGAUCUGGAUCACAGCGGAGAAACAAGGAGUGAAAGCAGGAACUUUCUUCUGGCCUUGGGUGAUUCCUCUGGAGAGGAGGAUUCUGACAAUUCUGCGCUGGCUGCAUCUGCCCGACGACGAGAGGCCUUACGUGUACGCUGUGCAUUCAGAGCAGCCUGACACCUUCGGACAUCGACUGGGACCCCUGAGCAGUGAGCUGGACAAUCCUCUGAAGGAGAUCGACAACAUCAUCGGCCACCUGAUGAACGGCCUGAAGCAGAUGAACCUGCACCGCUGCGUCAACGUCAUCAUCGUCGGAGACCACGGCAUGGAGGAGGCUCACUGCGACAGGACGGAGUUCCUCAGCAGCUACCCGCUCAACAUCGACGAGAUCGCACUGAUCCCCGGCUCGCUGGGACGGAUUCGACCCCAGGACCCCAAAUCCACCACAUAUGAUCCAAAAGUAGUGGUUGCAAACCUCACGUGUAAAAUGCCGACGCAGCACUUCAAGCCGUACCUGAAGCAGCACCUCCCCAAGCGGCUUCACUACGCCAACAACCGGCGCAUCGAGGACGUGCACCUGCUCAUGGAGAGGAAGUGGCACAUCGCCAGGAAAAUGCCCGAAGUGAAGAGGACGAGGUGCGGCUUCUUUGGCGACCACGGCUUCGACAACAAGAUCACCAGCAUGAGGACGAUCUUCAUGGGCCACGGACCAAACUUCAAGUUCCAGAAAGAAGUGCCGGCAUUUGAAAACAUCGAACUCUACAACGUUAUGUGUGAUCUGCUGGGUUUGACGCCGGUGCCCAACAACGGGACGCACGGCAGCCUGAACGACAUGCUGCGCCAGCCGCCGUUCCAGCCCAGCAUGCCGGAGGAAGUGACGCCGCCGUCGCCCGCGUCCGACCCCGAGGCCGCCGCCGCCGCCAUGACGCACGACCUGGGCUGCAGCUGCGAAGACGAGAACAAAGUGGAGGAAGGGAUCGCCGCCUUCAGCCCCGCCCCCGAUGGACUUUACGCCUACAACAGCAGCCUCCUGCCGUUCGGACGUCCCGCCGUGCUGUUCGCCACGCGCUACAGCCUCCUGCACCACGUCGAGUUCGUCAGCGGCUACAGCAAAGAGCUGGCCAUGCCGCUGUGGAGCGCCUACACACUGCCACGCCAGGAGGAGCUGACCCCCGUCCCGGAGGUCUCCGCCGGCGGGCCGUGUGUGCGAGCCGACCCCCGCGUGUCAGCGGAGCACAGCCAGAGCUGCAGCGCCUACAGCCAGAGCAGCCAGCUCACCUACGGCUUCCUGUUCCCCCCAGAGCUGGCCACGUCUCCUGAGUCGAGGUUCGAUGCAUCACUCAUCACCAACACCGUCCCCAUGUUCCCCGCUUUCAAGAGAGUGUGGAGCUUCCUGCAGGGGGCGCUGCUGCGACGCUACGCCGACGAGAACAACGGCGUGAACGUGCUGACCGGACCGGUGUUCGACCACGACUACGACGGCCUGAGGGACGCCAGCGACACCAUCCAAGAGCACUCGUUCGGCGGCCCCCCCGUCCCGUCUCACUUCUUCAUGGUGGUGACGAGCUGCCAGGAGCUGAACCGGACGGUGGAGGAGUGUGACGGGCCGCUCGCCGUCUUCUCCUUCCUGCUGCCGCAUCGCCAUGACAACAGCGAGAGCUGCAACAGCGCCGAGGACGAGUCCCAGUGGGUGGAGGAGCUGCUGAAGCUCCACACGGCCCGGGUCCGGGACGUGGAGCUGCUGACGGGCCUGGACCUGUACCGCUCCACCAACCUGACCUACACUGACACCCUGAGCCUCAAAACCUACCUGCACACCUUCGAGAGCGACGACUAGACGCACAGAGACAGACAGACAGACAGACAGACAGACGCACAGGCGCACCGAGCCCCCGGACAAGUCCCGCGUCCGCCAGGAGCCUCUCCAGAAAAAAAAAAAAACACCGAUUUCCCUCCCUUUCCCUGCCGAUAGAAGAUGAAACAGAGUCACGUGACCAGCUGUUUCCAGUGUUAGCGCUUCCUUUAUCAGCUUAACAGAGAGAAUUAGAGAAAGAAUAGACUGGCAGAUGCAGGAUGGGGGACUUUGUUCGACGGCUGCGAUGCGUUCAUGCACACGUUCAUACAAACGAAAGGACACGUGCACACCGGGGUCAGAAAUUCAUAUUCGGCUUGUAAAAAGUCAUGCAUUUUUGUGCUUUUGUGUACUAUUUUUUCGCCCUUUUCCUGGUUGUUUUUAAAAUCCGAUUCCCACCGAAGCACAUUACAGUUUGCCGUGCAGCCAGCGGUGAAAUGUCAGCCAAGAGCAACCGCAGUAUGAAAACAACAACGAACAAAGACGUACAGUGUGGUUAAAAAAAAAACAUCAAAACUGAAGGGCAGCGUGAGGACCGGGUUUCUGUGUGUGUGAUGUGGAUUUGGAAACCAGGACCAUCGCUCUCUGGCAGCAGAAAAGAAGUGCUAAGAAGUUUAAAAAAAGAAAAAUCUCAAUGGAGCAUAGAGGAUAUAUAAAUUUAUAUAUAGCCAUUAAUCGCAAAGAUUUGUCAAUAGACCUAGAUUUAACUAUGGUCGACAAUUGCAAAUUUUCCAUUUUAUAUUUACAGAAAUCAUCUGAAAAGGAUAAAAAAAAAAAUGCCACCUAAAACUCAAAAUAACGACUAAAGCCCUGUGAUAACGAGGUCAUUUCUCACCCUGGUGCGCACGUGAGCAAAUCCAUACACACGACUGUAAUGCGAACACACAUUGUAACACCUCCUCCUCUCAUCUCUCCUCCUCCUCCUCCUGCUCCCCUCCCUCCGUCCCCGCUGAUCUUCUAGGUGUAUAUUUUUAUACAAUUUGUCAUAUUUAUUAUGUAGCAGAAUAAUAAUAACACCACCUAGCCUUACAGUAUUAAUCCAGUGUAACAGAUGUGCCCCAGUGUUACUGUAACAGGUGUGGACGGCACAGUGAUGUCUCGGUUGUUCAGUCCAGUGGUUCUCAACCUGCGGGGUCGGGACCCUGUGGGGGACAUCAUUUUGGGAGGCUGCAAGAUGAUUAAAGGAAUACGUCAACGUUUUGGGCCACAUCUCCUUUUGCUGACUUCCCCACACUGAGACCAGAUGUUGGACUCCAUCUUCACCUCUGUACGUCCAGUGGUUCAGUUCCUAUGGGUAGCAUCUCCUGUUAGCUUAGCAUAAAGACUUGAAGUCUAUGGGAGUCGUUAGCCUAGAUCUGUCAAAGUGAGACAAUAAGCCUUACAGGAGCUCUGAAGUUGUAUUUCAAGUCCACAUGAUCCACUGUUUAAAACAAGACAGCUUCAGAGUCGCUGGGAGGAUUAUUUAUACAGAGCUAGGCUAACGACUCCUAUAGACUUUAAGUGUUUAUGCUAAGCUAACACAAAAUGCUGAACCACUGGAUGUACAGAGGUGAGAAUGGUGUCCAACAUCUGGUCUCAGCAUGGAGAAGUCAGGAAAAGGGAACUUUCAAAACUUUGGAUUAUUCCUUUAAGACAGCGGAAAGAAAAAAAAAACAUUUCUAGAAUGCACAGUUAUUGUGAUUCAUUUAAGAGUUUACUGGGUUUUAUUUUCUGUUUUCUUUUGAAAUACUAAACCAUGAGGCCUCCUCUGCUAGUUAAACAGCCUGACAACGAGGUCAUCCCGUAGGUCGUCUGUCCACCUGAAGAGUGGACCUGCGGACGGGCUCACUGCUUUCUGUGUUUGAAGGGUUCCCGAGCCGCAACAGGUUGAGAACCGCUGCUGUAGGAGGUGCACGUGUGAGCGCGCCGCGAUUCAGCGUGACCUGUAACCAGGCGUUCACACCACAAGUGACCGGAAGACAUCGGUCGCCAGAAGUCCGUCGUCAGGAACGCUAACCACAGCCUCGCCGACCGCAGGUGGUGCGGCUUCAAACGAGCAAAACGUCUAUUGCUGCUUUGUUAUUGCAUUUCAUAAUGUUACAUCGUUUUUGAUGUGUUUUUAUGUGUGUGCGUAUGCUCAUUAGGUAGCAAUAAUCCAAAAUAAACAGAAACAACUCAAUAAAAAUUACUUCUGUGCUUACCAUGGAGCCCAGCGAUGGAUGUUGCAUUGUGUUUUUGAGGUGUGUGUUCCUGAACAGGGAGGAUUUCGGAGGCUGGAGCCAGUGUGCCAUCCUUGUUGGAGUUGCCAGGUUGGAACUCGAUGAUGGAAAACAAGUUUCAUCAGCCGAGUUGGGCCGCUCGCUCUGCUCUGAGGGAAAUAAACAUCUGGACUUCUGGAGGCUUUCUCAUGCUGUUGCUUGCUUUGUGAACGCAGCGUCAGUGCGGACGUGCAGCAUCGCCCAUCGGCAGCCAAUCACCUGCUGCAUCAUCGUCUGUUUUAGGUUAUAACUGCAACACCGUUGGUCUUAGGGGUGUAAUGAUUUUACCGGAAAGCAAACGCAACGCGACAAACCGGCCUGGUGAUGCCGCGGCUUUAUUAACGACGAAGAUGUUUCACACUUGGCGCUCGUCCUCAUGGAAGGAGGAGCGCCUUCAGAUGAAUGCAGCGGCUGCUCCUCCAAGCCAGUUUAUUGUGUUGUGUUUGCUUUGAAGUACUAUUCUGUUUUGAGCACUAAUAUUAGCAAAUAAAACCUUUUUUUGUUC